GAUCCCUUCUCCCCCUUCAGCUUCCUCGUCAUCGUCGUCCUUUCGCCUUUGUCCUCGUCGUCGCACCUCGUCUCGAUACUGUCACCCUCUCAACAGCUGGUCUGGCUGCCACGGGUUGCGCCUGAACCCCCACUACCUCGGCAUGGCGCCUUCCUCCCCUGCUUCGUCGGAUAGCUCUGGCCUUUCCUCGGCACCACCUACACCUCCUCAAACCCCUGGCAGGCCCAGUACGCCCGGCAGAAGAGAUGCAGACACCCAGCCAGUAGAACUCUCUAUGCAAAAGGCAGCGCCUUCAUCUAGGAGCAGCCAACGUGGUGCAAGGGCUAAAAGAGGAUCUGAAGCUCAAGAUACGCCUCAGCCCAAGGCAAAGCGCGGAGCAGGGUCAAAGGGCGAGGUCUCAAGCACCCCGGCUGCAGCGUCAGAGGAUCCUCCCGCACCACGAUCUCAGAAGAAGCUUACUGUCAAGCUCACCCGCAAGGGUAAGGGCAAGAACGACACCCCUGGCGCCUCGUCUGCCUCUCCUCCUAUAGGGGAAGCACAACCUCUUCCCCCUGCUUCUUCCGACGCAUCUCAUCCUCCAUCGAGUGACUUCCGCGCUCAGCUCAAGGACCUGGCCGAUUCUGAAGAUGAAGAGGGUGGGAAUGUCGUGAAGCCGAGGAAGAGACGGGGAGGUGGGGCAGCCAUUGCUGAUGAUGACGAAGAGGAAGAGGAAGCGGAGCCUGCCAGCACAAGUGCUUCGCGAACCUCCAUCAUCUUGAAGCGCAAGCGGAACCAAGCAUCUUCUGAUGCAUCACGGAGAGAUUCGUCGAAGAAGAAGUUCAAGAAGCGGACCCUUUCACAGCCGGAGAGAGCUACGGACAGUGACGAGGACUUCAUUGGGCAAGGGGAUGAUUCGGACGAUGUCAUGUCUGACGUUGGGUCCGAAGAGAGUGCUAACGGUGGUGAAGAUUACGCGGAAAAAGCGGCUGGGCUCGUUGAUGGAGACGAAGACUUUGCGCCGGUCAAGGGCCAGAAGAAGCAAGGAGGAGCUAAAGUGGCAGGUAAGGCGGCGAAGAAGGGCAAGGCUGGAGAGCCUUCGACUGCGAUUGCCCGUCCUCCUCCAAAGAAAGGAGACGCUAGUGCUGGCGCCGCUGGCACUGCUGCAUCCAAGGCAGCCAUCGCCCGCAAGGGAUCAGUAAAGGUAGAGCCAAAGACGGUCACCUCUACGAUCCGAGCAAGCGCAGCCGCUACAUCGACCUCUACCACUUCCUCGCCAGCCGGAAUUCGUCCUUCCGCUGCUGGUCAACCUGCUGGUGCCAACGUGCAAAAGAGACCGCCCCAACUCAAUAAGCCAAAGGCGAGCCUGAGCAUGUGGGACAGUCUCGUCGGCUCUUCAUCCAAGCCUGCUGCACCUGCACAGCCGCCCAAGCCAGCACAGCCAGCAGCUGCGAUCAAGGGCAAGGAGGAACAGAGGGUUGGCACUGAGAAUCAAGGGGAGAAGGCAAAAGACCAGAACUCGACUCGUGCCACGCCUUCAGGAGGCAUACAAGGCACAACUGGAAGUAGCGGAUCUUCCCUGCCUCGUCCACUCGGCAUCAGUCGUCCCUCAGGCCUCCAGUCCUCGACCUCGGCUUCACAUUCCGGCAGUAACAGCCACGGCAACUUCCGUGACUCGACGAUCACCAUCCACAUCACUCCCGGCCUGAAUGGUCAACACUGGGACAAAUCCGCCUACCGUUCUCUUCGUCUACUCGACAAGGAACGCUAUCGUCUCCCUCCAUCUCAAGAUCUCUUUGAUCUUUUAGAAGAUGCAGAAGUCAUUGUAGGAUUCGAAGAAGAGUGGAGAGCUAAAAGGAUUAUGGCUGGUGCGGGGGUUGGUGGGCAGAUGAGAUAUGCUAGCAGUAAACCCACACAGUAUGGUGCUGGGAGAGAGUAUGCGAGGGGAACGGUUAGGGAGUUGCUCAAGGGGAGGAGGAAAGUGACGAGUGCGCCUGCGCUUGCAGCUGCGAAUGGCACUGCAGAAGGAGGAGCAGAGGCAGGAGGAGGAGGAGGUGGGGCGCAAUCAGGAGAGGAGAUGAAGACGAAUCAAGGCCAAGCGGAACGGUAGCGGUGGAGAAACGACGUUGGCCAAACAUGUAUUUGUAACACUUAUAGUAAAUCCAUUCCAUUCCAUUCCAUUCC